UCCACUACUGUGACAGCAAGGCACCCAUUCUUUCUGUAGGAUUUUAGGAAUAGCUCAUGGAAAUUGUCCCUGGCCUCUCUGUGACCCUGGUGUACAGGGAUUUAAACUCCUCAGUCAUCUCUUGGACAAGCACUUCACAAGACUUUUGGACCCAUCCCAGAGGAAAAAAAACGAGAUUUUCCAAGAGAGAUGCCCAGCUUGAGUUUGAGUGGAAGACUUUUUUUAAUAUUUACUAUUUUGGUAACAGCUAUAUAAAAUGCUGAUGUGAUUUGAAAGCUCCAAAUUACAACAUUAUCACACAACCACAUCUCUUCUCUUCUGCCCUCUUCCUUCCUCCUUGCCUCGCCACAUAUCCCCUUCCCCUUUUGCUUCCCGACUGGUGACUUCACUGAAUUUAUUUAGGGCAAAGCCCCCAUCCCACCAACACCUGAGGGCACGGGGUGCUCCUGUGACCAUCCUGGGUGUGUGAAAUUUGAAAGAUUUGAGUGGAAGCAUAAAGCAGGGAGAUCAUGAUUGUUUUUACUUGGCACGGCAUGAGGCGUUUUUGCUGAUGAGUGAGGCAACAAAAAUAGCGUGGGGAAAGUAUAGCCCCAAGAAAGAAAUAUGUAAAUGUCUGAGCAUGCUAAAAUCCCCCCUGCUUAGUCAGGGGCUUGGGCUCUGCUUUCAUUCUGGGCUUUUUUUUUGUGGCUGAGGGGUAAAUACUCAAGGGAAUGAAGGGUGAUGUGGGGGAGAUGUGUGGGGAAUCCAAACGUUGCACUCGGCCCCAGUGGCUGGUUUUAGUUAAAAAUAUUGACCACUGAGCUUCUGGGCUGUGUGUGGGGAGCAUCUGAGAAAUGCCAUCAGCUCAGUGUGUCUCUGCUGGCCGGGUGUGACUGCUGAGGUGUGACUGUGCCUGUGCUGGAGCGUGACCCUCCCCGAUAAAUAGGGCUGUUUGUGAGCUGCUCCUGCACUGCCUCUGCGGGGCUGAGCCUUCCCUGAGGAUGGGAGCCCCCCUGCUCCCAUGGCUGCUGCUCCUGCUGCUGCUGCUGUCCCACCCUGCCCACGCAGCCAUCCUGGAGGUGAACGGGAACCUGAGCUGUAGGUGUGCCAAGACAACCUCGGAAUACAUCAGUCCCAAGAAAUACGAGAGCAUUGAGAUAAGGCCCGUGGGCAGCAGCUGCAGGCGCACGGAGAUCAUCAUUAAGUUAAGAACCUCAGGGAAGGUGUGUGUGAAUCCCGAAGCCCCCUGGGUGAAGAAGCUGCUGAAGCGCAUUGCCAGCACGAAGAAAAAAUAGGUUUCCUGUUAAGGAAGUUGAUGCCCAGGGCCGAGGCAGGUUGGCAGAUGAUGCCCAGGUGUGCAGACCUGGCUGCUCCUCAUUCGACCCUGUCUUCCUCCCCUUCCCAAAAGCCCCACGUCUGGCUCUGGUGGCAGUGGCUGUGGGGAGGGUGCCUCGCUGCUGGCCCCAGCCCCGUGGCAGGUUUGUGGGGGGAUUCUGCCCUGCUCUUGGUCCCUGGAGCAGUGUGAAUAUGAAUCCUUUAUUUGUUUAGUUGCCUGUGGACUGCGAAACUGUUCCCUGUCAGGGGCUGCUCCUGCUUCUUUAGGAAUGACUUUGUGACUUUUUCCAUGUGAAGUGCUCGGCAACAGAGUGUGUGUCUGAGAGUUGUGUGGCACCGUGUGACAUGUCCUGUUCUCAUAGCUCAAGUCCAAUAAAAUUCGGGAUUUUCCUU